UUGAACAACCUUGGCAGCAAGCUUCAGAGGCGGUACAAGCGGACGGGAGACAUGGCCGACCUCGAGGAGGCAAAUCGAGUUUUCGGCCGUUCUUGGACCUCCAACAGCUCCGCACCGUUCACUCGAUGCCUCAAACUGCUAUUCCAUUUAAAACAGUACAGCGAGGCUGCAGAAAUCGCAGUUUCAGUCACAGAUUUCCUCCCAAUUGUCAAUGCCCGGCCUCUUGAUCGCAACGACAGACAACAUAUUGUGUCAAGAUUUGCGGGCAUUGCUGCCGACGCCUGCGGAGUGCUUCUUCAAGCGCGAGAUCUAGAAACCGCGCUCCAGUACCUAGAAAAGGGUCGCGCCGUCAUUUUGGGCCAGAUGAUCGACAACUGGAGUGAUCUAUCGUCCUUGAUGAAGGCUCAUCCGGAGCUGGCUUCAAAGUUUAAGGCUCUCCGCGACACUAUUAACGCUCGUUCUGGCCAUUCGAGUGCCAAAUCAGAUCGACUUCUUACUGCGCAGCGGCGUCGUACUGCCGCUGCAGAGCUCGAGCUAUGUAUCAAGUCAAUUCAAGGCGUACCUGGCCAAGAGUUGUUUAUGGCAGCCCAAAGCACCGAGGCAAUACAAGCCUGUACUAUCGGUGGCAACGUUAUUAUUGUCAAUGUAAGUCAACUACGCAGCGACGCCAUUAUCGUAUCGCCGACUGGCAUUCGUACGAUACGUCUUCUAAGCCUGUCUGCGGCUGACGCAGAGAUCUGGAUCGGUAAACAGUGGCACGGCCUCAGAUCUGAACGUGGGCGAGGAAUAAAGAAUAUGCGGAGUGGCAGGCUUUCCACACGUGAUCGGAUGCUUGUGGCCGUUAGUAGAUCGAGUGUGCGUUGA